AUGUCCUCUCCCACCCCCACUACCAUCGCCCUCAUCCAAGCCCUCUCCACCUUCGUCUUCUUCUCCCUUCUCAUACCUUCCCUUCUCCUCUAUCGAGCUACCAAACCUUCCAAAUUUGAUACUCCUCCUUUCCAUCGUUUGCCCCGACUCCCCCCAACACUCAGAACAUCCACAUCGCUAGAGACAACGCUCGACUUCCUCGAAACCCCCAGCUCCAUCCAAGCCCAGGGCUGCCAUCUUUUUCACAUUUCCAUCGUGGCCCAAGACCCUAUCGCCAUGGACAAAGACGUCCAGAACACAACCACCAAUCUUGGCACGAAGACAUAA